GUAAAGACCCUGAUUGAUCGGUCCUGUUUUGAGACAAUUGAUGAUUCUUCUCCUGAAUUUAACAAUUUUGCAGCUAUUUUGGAACAGAUUCUAAGUCACCGGCUAAAAGGUCAAGUAACCUGGUUUGGUUAUGAAAGUCCUCGUAGCUUCUGGGACUAUAUCAGAGUGGCUUGCCGGAAAGUUUCACAGAAUUGUAUCUGCAGCAUUGAAAAUAUGGAAAAUGUCAGUUCCUCUAGAGCUAAGGGUAGAGCCUGGAUCAGAGUAGCACUCAUGGAAAAACACUUAUCUGAAUACAUCUCUACAGCUCUGAGAGACUUCAAAACAACCAGGAGAUUUUAUGAAGAUGGAGCAAUUGUCUUGGGUGAGGAAGCAAAUAUGCUUGCUGGCAUGCUGCUCGGGCUCAAUGCUAUUGAUUUCAGCUUCUGCCUAAAGGGAGAGGGACUGGAUGGGAGCUUUCCUGCUGUAAUAGACUAUACACCAUAUUUGAAGUUUACCCAAAGCUCUGAUAGCAUCAGCAGUGAUGAGGAGGAGCUGAGGACGCUGGGAAGCAGUGGCAGUGAAAGCAGCACCCCGGAGAACGUCGGGCCCCCUUUCAUCAUGGAUGAGAAUAGUUGGUUCAACAAGUGCAAGAGAGUUAAACAAAAGUACCAGCUCACCCUGGAGCAGAAGGGUUAUCUUGAAGAACUCUUACGACUUCGAGAGAGCCAGCUGUCCGAAUCUGUCUCCCAGAAUAAACUACUACUGCAAAGGAUUGAAGAUUCUGAUCUGGCCCAUAAAUUGGAAAAGGAACAAUUAGAAUAUAUAAUUGUGGAGCUUCAAGAUCAGCUGACUGUGCUAAAGAAUAAUGAUUUAAGAUCAAGACAAGAGUUAACUACCCACCUCACCAACCAGUGGCCUUCCCCAGGAGCUCUGGAUGUCAAUGCCGUUGCCUUGGAUACGUUGCUUUACCGAAAACACAAUAAACAGUGGUAUGAAAAAAGUUACCAAAGUCUUGACCAGUUAUCAGCUGAAGGUAGCCUUUCUCAGACUUCACUGGAUCCAGGUCAGUCCCAAGAAGGAGAUGGAAAACAAGACACGUUAAAUUCAGUCAGUGAAGGUAAAGAAGAUACUCCCUCAUUACUUGGUCUCUGUGGGUCUCUAACAUCAAUGGCGAGUUACAAAUCUCUAACUAGCCUCAAAUCCAAUGACUGUCUUGCAAGUCCUACAACAGAGAUGACAAGUCCAGGCCUAACUCCAUCCUGAAAAAUUUUACAUAAAAGCCAAAAGAUUUUAUGUUGCAAAUGCUCUAUUUACAUAAGUUUGACUGCUGGGAAAACCUUUGGAGUUUAAUAUUGUUCUGGCACAUGUCUGGAAUUCUGUUGCUUAGAGGGUUCAAUCUACUUCAUGUAAACUGAGUGGAAAAAAAUGAUUCUGCCAUUUUUCAUUUAAAAAUUCUUAUAUUUGUCACUGAGGAAGUUAAAAAUGGAUAGGCCUAAAAAAACUUUCAAAGGUCCUCUAAAUUAAUAUUCCUUUGCAAAUUGUACAUUUUAUUAUUCAGUUGACUUUCAUAUAUUUAAAUGUAUCAUAACUGCCAGUUCAGGGUUUUAUUCCAGAAACUUAAGCUAAGUAUUUUCUUUCCUCUUUUAUUCAAUGAUUAAAACUUCUAAAAAUGACUUACUAAUUUCAUUAAUUCCUUCCUAUGUUCUGAUGUUUAAAAGCCUUGUUUUUAAUGUGAGAAUAUUCUCAGCUGCAGGUUGACAGUGGCUUAUUCUUUAACAGUUUUUCUUUAACAGUUAAUUAUAAUUUGGUAUCAACUAAACAUUCCAUUUAACAUUUUAUGAACUUUGUAGGAAUGUGCCUUUAGGCAGUUACUAAGUUUGUUAGGGUCCUAGGGAAAGUAUUUUACAGUAUUUAGGCCAUUUAUGUAAAAUAAAUAAAUUUCUUAUCUUUGUUUCCCCCAAAUUUUCAUAAAAGGUUGUCAGUUAAAAAACAUGACCAAAUAUGCAUCAAAAAUUAAACAUUAAAAAAGUGUAGAACAGAUAUUGAAAAAAGUAUUUGAUCAAGAAAGGUUUCAAAUUGAAUCAAGUAUCUAAGAAGCUUUUAAAUUAGGAUCAGUAGGUAAUCACCAUACUUAACAGUGUCUGGCAUACAGUGCUAUUUUCUGUCCCUUGUGGGCUAGUGAAUUGUGUCAUGUGUGGUCAUGUAUGUUUUAUAGCUUUUAUCAUUAUUCUGCCAUAAUCUGAUUUUAAAGUUAAUGUUAAAAAUCUCUGCAAUUCUACAGGUAAAAAAAAAAAUUAGUUUUCUUUUUUUUUUAAAAAAGCUAUGAGCUGUAUUUCAAAUGUUUUUUGCAAUUUUUGGAACUAUACAUUUUUGUCCCUAAAAAUUCCACCGGAUUGGAAGAGAAAAUGUGUUAAGUAUAUUUUCUACAGUGAGUAAUAUGAGGAAAACAUGAUGAGUUGUGCCAAAGAAAUUUUAUACAUUGUUUACAUGAAGAGGCGACCAUACUUACUGGGGAUUUAUGUGCUAUUUUUGUUUAUUAAUAAAACAUUAAAUACAAACUUAGUAGCUUUGACAUAGAGGAAGAAUGUGCCUCCUAAAGCAGUUUAUUUUUAUUGAGAGGAGGCAAGUGCUGAACUUAACUACGUUCAUUCUUUGUAUUAGAAAUGUUGGAGUGCGGUGGUUCUCUGCAGUCUUUAGAGCUUUACUCUCUUAAUUUGGAAUUUAAGAUAAUAAAUAGUUACAAGGCUAGUCUUAUACAUAAGACAGUUCAAACAAUGUCAUUCCAGGAACAAAGGAGGCCUAGAAGCCCUUAAAAUAAGUUAUCUUAGAUGUGCCAGACUACUCAGAGCUUUAUUCUUUUAGCUUAAGGCUUUUGUACUUGUAGAAAUGCAAAUAUCAAGAAAUGGUACCUUUAAUCUCUUAAUUCUGAAUACCUUACUGUAAGGUAUCCAAAGCAGUUUUUACUCAGCAUGGGGGGUGGAAGGUAUAAAAUGAGGACAGUGGAAAUCUUGGGAGGAAGAAGUGAGAAAUGGUUAAGGAGGGGAACUUCAAAACUUUUAGGCUGGCCUUAAGCACUAUUGCUGUUUUCCUAAGAACUUUCAGAAUGUUUAAAUGCUUUAUCAUUCACAGUCCAGUCUCAACUUGACAUUUUCCUUCAAUAAUUUAAAAAAAUCAUUGUUAAAUUUUUUCCAUACAUUUUUAUAAUACAGAAAGUUAAUUCAAGUUUCCAUAAUUGAUACAAUUUUUCAAUUUGUCUAAUGUGUACUGUAACUUGUGCAUCUUAACAUGCUGCUCAAUGCAGAUUUAGACAUGACACCUGAGGAUCAUGACUUUUCCUCCUUUCUUGGAGCUCUUGGUAUAAAAUUCAUCUGCUACUGUGAAUUAAGUUUUCUACACAGUUCACACUAGUUAUAGAGAUAGUUAAUGUGUGCAUGAGGAAACAACUAUGUCUCAAUCUUUAGUUCUGGGUAGUGUUCCUUGUUCAUAUACCCUCCUCCAAAUAGAAUGCUGAAUUAUAUGCUCAUAUUUCCAUGUGUAUUUUGUUGCUUUGAUGUAUUAUACUUGUUGCAUGUAUAUUAAACAUUUUGUACCAUG